AUGGCCGCCCCGUCCGUGGCCACGAACAUGGACGCAGUGCUGACCGUUGCGACUGCAGCUGCGCGCGCUGCCGGUGACCACAUGAAGGCGCAGCUGCGCACGUCGCGCGUGGAGAAGACCAAGUCGGGCAAAGACGACCUGGUCACGGUCGUGGACAAGCAGUGCCAGGACAUGGUCUUUGCGCGGAUCCAGGCGUCGUUCCCGAGCCACGAGUGCCUGGGCGAGGAGGACGUGGCGCCGGGGAGCGCGGCCGCGGCCCAGGCCCUCGAGGCCCUCGUGAGCAAAGAGUGGCUCUGGAUCGUGGACCCGAUCGACGGCACGACGAACUUUGUGCACCACCGACCAGCGAGCGUCGUGUCGGUCGCGUGUGCCCACUACGGCGACGUGACAGUGGGCGUCGUCUACGACCCGUACCGCGACGAGCUCUUCACGGCGCAAAAGGGCCGCGGCGCGUUACUGAACGGCCGCCCGAUGCACGUGAGCCACGAGACGUCGUUCGCUCAUGCGUUGGUGGGCUUUGGCAUCGGCACGAAGGACAGCGUGCGGCUGCCCAUGCUCGAGUGUGCGCGCGAGUUCUCUGCGCAAUGCCGGGGCUUGCGGCUGCAGGGCGCAGCAGCCAUCGAACUCGCGUGGACCGCUGCUGGCCGCCAAUCGGCCUUUUACGAGCUCGACCUGAACUCGUGGGACGUUGCAGCCGGCGCGUUGCUGGUAACUGAGGCCGGGGGGCGCGUGACCAACAGCGACGGCACAUCCUUCUCGCUCGCUACGCGCAACGUCGUGGCGUCGAACGGCAAAGGCGACGUCCACUCGCGCAUGAUUGAGCUCAUCGACAAGGCCGACGCCGUGCAAGUGCGCGCCUAA